AAGCAAUCAGACAUUUUUAAUUUUAUUUUACUGUUAUAUUCUAUAAUUUUAAAACUUAAAUUGUACAUAGACUAUUGAAAUCCAACACCAAAUAAUUCAUAAAAUGAAUUCACUUACUUUAUGUAUGAUUGUGUUAAUAUUAGCUGUUGAUUUAUCCUUAGCAACGUCUAAUAAUAGCAACAUUACAACAGAUGUUAUAUUAAAAUGUGCUAAUUGUGGACAAAAUUUCUCAUUAUAUAAAUCUUUGUGUAAUCACAUAUUUUGUUAUACCUGUUCACGUCGUUAUGCGUUUUGUAAGACGUGUAAUGAAGAUUUCACAGUUGAAGAAGUUAUGUUAAGUUGUUUAAAAUGUAAUAUGCCCGUUAAUCUAAUAAUGCGUUCCGAUAAAAUAUACUGUAUGAGCUGUAAAAAUAAAGGUUUGAUUCCACAAGAGACUGCAGCUUCGUCAUCCGGACAAAAUAAUGUCACUAGCAGUCAAAAUAAUGAAAGCGGCAGAACAAAUAAUAUAAGUUUCACGCUUGAUAGUAAAGGAAGACCAUUUUACGAGUUUUUUUAAAUAAAUAAUGAUUUGUCAUGGAAAUAUUUGAAAGCGAAUUAUAUGAGUACUCAAUCAGAAAACCUUAACAUCUAACUAAAAGUUCGAUACAAUUCAUGUGAUAAAUUGCAUAAUUUCAUAUUAUAAAUAUAAGUUGCUAAAUAUAAUUUGAAUUUUCAAUGAUUA